CGUCUGCUGCAGACGGAAGAAGUACUCGAUGAAGCUGAAAUGCUGAUAUAUGAAGAAAAGCCAGAGUUGGACCAUGAUGAUGCGCUAGCUGAUGUCGCAGAAUUUGAUGGUUGGCAAGAAGUGGUUGACAACUACGUGCAGCUGAAAAACCUGACAGGUUACCUGACCACUGGAAUAAGAUGA